AUGGCUACUUCGACGGAACUGCCCGCCAGCAUCCUUCUCCUUCUCCUUGCAGUCUUAACCGUGUUGGCGGUCAGUGUUCAUCGUGGACUCUCCAUUGAUCACAGCCCUGGGGAGCCUCCGAUCAUCAAGCCGAAAAUACCCUAUAUCGGCCACAUACUCGGAAUCAUCAGAUAUGGCACCAAGUAUUUUGAGAUCGUCAACCGCAACACACGCUACCCGAUCUAUACGUUACCCACCUUAUCGACCAGACAGUACAUCGUCACGUCUCCUCAGAUCGCGGCUCAACUCCAGCGACAGCACAAGGACCUCGCUUUCUACAAUGUCAUCCUGGAAGUUACGCGUCGAUUAACCAGUCUCAGACCCAGCACCAUGAAGAUCGUCAUGCAGAACGUCAAUGCCGAGCAUGGUGACUGGGGCUUGAUGCCGACCAUGCACGACAUGUUCAACACGGUGCUCGGUCGAGGAGAGUCAUUGAAAGACCUGACUCGGUCGCAGAUGUCCAUUUUCUCCGAGAUGCUGAAUGAGGUCGCGGUCGAGGGCGAAUGCCUGGAGACCGACCUGUUCCAGUGGAUCAAGUCUACAUUUACAUUUGCAAAUGCAAGGUCCAUCUACGGCCCAGAGAACCCGUUUGCCCUGAAUCCCAGUUUGGUGGAUGCUUUCUGGGAUUUUGAGGCUGGCAUGCUGGCCUUGAUCAUCGACAUCUUUCCUUCCAUCACCGCUCGGAGAGCGUACCUAGGACGAGAGGCAAUUGCCAAAGCCCUCGUCGACUAUGUCAAAGAGAAGCGGUGGCACAAGGCGUCCCUCCUGAUUCAAAACCGCGUCAGCAUCAACCUCACUCACGGCUUUACCGAAACCGAGGCCGGUAGAUCGGAAAUCAUCUUGCUGUUUGCGAUCCUGGGAAACGCCGUGCCUUCCACAUUCUGGAUUCUUGCCAACAUCAUCAGCCGCCCGGAUUUGCUGGCUCAGAUACGGACCGAGAUUCAAUCGGCCGUCGAAGACAACGGUGAUGGAAGCAAAAAUAUCAACCUGUCGACCAUCGAAUCCUCCUGCCCGCUGUUUGUGUCGACGUAUAGGGAGUCUCUGCGCAUGAUCGGCAAUCUUGCCUCCCUUCGAUACGUGUUGAGGGAUACAGUGAUCGGACAACAUUACCUGAGAAAGGACUCUAUCAUUCAAGUGGCUGGAAUUAUCAUACAUCAUGACCCUCAGACCUGGGGCCAAGACAGCGACCGGUUCAAUCCACGACGUUUUAUCAAGGGUGGAGGACAAGCAUCUGUGACCGGUGCCGAUUCGGAGCCGACGGGCCUGGAUCUCAAGGAACCAGCGGCAACACAACUGCCUCCCGGGGUUCCAUCAGCAGCGUUCCGCCUGUUCGGUGGUGGCAGCGUGGUGUGCCCAGGACGCCACUUCGCGCAGAGCGAAAUCCUCGCUUUCGUGGCGUAUCUCUUGAUGGCGUUCGACAUCUCAACUCCAGACGGAACAUCCAUCAAGCCGCCUCCCCGGGACAACGAGAAGAUUCCCUUGAGCGUCAUCAAGCCCAAGGGCGACGUGAAAGUCAGGAUUCAGCGACGCAAGGGAUAUGAGGACGUCUCGUGGCGGUUGUUGGCAGGUGGCCAACUAUGA